UCAGUGAUCUUCGGCAGAGAAAGGGGCGCGCGAGUGUGGAACCGUACCGUAAGAGAGCGAGUUGUCCCGUGUCUCCGUGGCACACCACAGACUAAAAGUAUCUGUCCAGUCAGCACUGCAGGCUCGAUGUGCUGCAACUCGAGUCUGCCAUCUCUGAUAAAGCGUGCUUUUAACAAAGUUACCUAGAGCCACCAACACUCCGUAGGAUGUCUUCCAUUCUGCAGAGAUUAACAGAUUUAUAAAUCAUAUCUGCAACUCCGUAGUGGUAAAGCGAUUAUAGACUCCGAACGUAAAGGAUGUUAUUGACCAGCCCGGAAAUUUCUGGAUCUCACAUUUCUACUUGUUUACUGUUUUUGAUGGAACUGUUGAAGAAACUAGCUGUGGAAUAAGUGACAGUAUCUCUCGUCGACAUUUACUUUGCUAUCGUGGCCGGUGAACAGGAACCACUUUCCUUAUCAGUUUGGAGCUUUGCAACAUGCCGAGACUAGGUUUGGUUUACUGCUGAAGGGCUAGCCGAAUUAACUCUGAAUCUGGCACGCUGGAAUCUCUAAUCUUGGCAUUACAGGUUAUGAAUUAAGUACACAUGGAAUCCAUAAUCAAAACAGGAUUACUGGGGUCAGAUGGAACUGUUUAGUAGUCACCUCAUGACAUACCUGUUCAAGUACAUCUGUUCCACCUUGGGUUGUCUGGAAUGGGAAUGAAGCUGUUACGAUGUCAUCAGCUCCCGAAAUGAGUGGUGAUGUAGAGAAUUUAUUGGCCAGUGUUCAUUUAGAGCAGUAUGCUCAGAACUUUAAACGGGCUGGCUAUGUUACAAUUAAACACUGCAGUAAGGUGAACAAUGAUGUAUUAAAGAGCAUUGGGAUAACUCUGACCGGUCACCGUAAGAGAAUUCUUAAGCAGAUACAGCUUGCUUUAUCUGAAGAGUCACAAGGGGUAAGAGAAUCAAACAUUCAAGAGGAUGGCAAAAACACACAGCUGCCACAUCCUGAUGACGAUGAACAUACUGGUGAAGAACGUGAAAUAAUUAUGUAUGGGAACAGUGCGACAAAACCUUUGAAAAGGAAUGUUUUUGAAGGGGGAUGUUUAGCAAAAGAUACUUUUAGAAACAAAGAGAAUGACUCAUCCUUAGACAGACCAGAUAUAUAUUCUCUGCUUCAGAAACCACGAGAAGCAUAUCAGCAAGCUCAGUCUUUGGAAAGUGGUACACCCAAUGUUUUUGAUUAUGUAAGGGGAAAAGUUGAUAAGAAGUCAGCAGAACAACAUUUCGAUGAAAACAAAAGUCAUUCUCUUUACACUUUGAGCCCUUCCACAUCAUCUGCAAAAAAAGCACCAGAGAACAUUCAAACAACAUGUGAAAUGAGCGAUUGUGUAGAAAACAGACAUUCUGAUUUAGAACUGUUUAACUUUAAGGGAGAAAUGAUAGAAAAUGAACUUUAUGAGGAGCUGCAAACAUCUCCAGAUGCUGCAAACAAAUCUGACCAAAAACCUUCACGAUCAUUUAAACUCAGGCAUAGGCCAGUGCCAGAAAUUCCAUCUAACAUACCUAAAGGAGAUAAUCGCUUUCUACUGCAGAGAAGGAAUGUUGACCUGCCAAACCUUUCUGAAAACAGCAGCAGCAGCAAACUUGCAAAAUCUCAGCAAGUCGCCCAACAAACAAAUCAAGAAAGUACACUGUCUCCUAUUUCUCCUUAUGGGGAAGCAUUCCUGUAUGACAGUCCAGAGUAUCUUGAGGAGAUUUCUUCUGGAGACUUUCCAGCUACAACAGAAGAAACAGAAAGAGAAUCUGAGACAAAUGAAACGCAGGACCUCUACAUUCCUGAAGAUGGCCCAGCAAGUGAUUUUUCUCAGCAGAGAUGUAAUUUCUCAUCUCAAGAGGAUCUCUUAUUAAGUAAUUCUCCAGAUGAUGAGUGUGCGCAGACAGCUGUAUCUGAACAACCCCAACAAAGUUCUUCCUUUACUUAUCAAAAGAGUGAAGUAGAGAAUGGCGGUUGUGCUGUUUACAAUCAGGCCUGUCCACCUCCACACAAUGCUGAGAGUGAAACAAAUACAAACAACGCAGCUGUGACCAAUGACUCACAAAUAUCUCCCUAUGCUUGCUUUUAUGGACCGUCAUCAAAAAAGAAGGAAGGAUGGCUGGAUAAACUUUCACCUCAAGGCAACUACAUGUUUCAGAAACGUUGGGUGCGGUUUGAUGGACACAGCCUUGCAUAUUACAAUAAUGAGAAGGACAUGUACUCCAAAGGAAUAAUCCCCAUUUCUGCUAUAAGCAAUAUACGAGGAAUUGGAGAUAACAAGUUUGAGGUGACCACGUCAAACCGGACAUUUAUUUUUCGUGCAGAAAAGGAAGGUGACAGAAAUGAAUGGAUGGAAGCAGUAUUUGGUGCCAUCACAGUUCAGUCACAGUCCUCACAAACCACAUGUAACUCUUUGGAGAGAUGUGGCAACUUGGAACUAAAAGGGCACAAAUCUAAAAUACACGCAGUGCUAACUAACAACAAAUUAUGGCUGUAUAAAAACUAUCAGGACUUUAAAACUGGGCUUGGUAUCACUGUCAUAGAAUUAAAUGUUGCAACAGUAAAGGAUUUGGAUCGCAAAAAUUUUGAACUAACUACUCCAUUCAAGAGCUUCUGCUUUACUGCAGAAUCAGAAAAAGAGAAACAAGAGUGGAUUGAAGCAUUCCAAGAAUCGAUAGCAGAAACGUUAUCAGAUUAUGAAGUAGCAGAGAAAAUCUGGUUCAAUGAAUCCAAUCGAAGCUGUGCUGAUUGCCGUGCACCAGGUCCCGAAUGGGCAUCUAUCAAUUUGGUUGUUGUCAUUUGUAAGAAAUGUGCAGGUCCACAUCGAUCAUUAGGUCCAAGAAUUUCAAAGGUUCGAAGCCUUAAACUGGAUACUCAUAUAUGGAGCAAUGAACUUGUAGAGAUGUUCAUAGUUGUUGGCAACAAGAUCGCAAAUAGUUUUUGGUCUGGAGACCUUCAGCCAUGUGAAGAACUAGACAUGGAUGCCUCUUCAGAGGAGAGGAAAAUGUUCAUUACUCAGAAGUACAAAGAGGGAAGGUUCCGGAAAAAAAUUUAUGCCCGGAUGACCCAAGAUGAACUGAAUCAGGCCCUUUGUGCUGCAGUAGUUAAACAAGACAUACUUGAAACUAUGUCCCUUGUCUUUAGUGGUGCUGAUGUUAUGUGUGCAACAGGGGACCCUGACUAUUCCACUCCAUAUUUACUGGCACAGAAAACUGGUCAGAGGUUGCAGAUGGAAUUUUUGCAUCACAAUAAACUGUCAGAUGUUCCAAAACUUGAAACUCAUUCUCCCGGAAGCUUCCAGAAUGACAGCUCCCUCCCCACCUUUGUCUGCAGCUUUUUGUAUAAGGCUGUCAACACUAGCAAGCCUUUUAUUGAGAAGAAACCGAGAGACGAAAUGAGUAAAAAGUGGUGUACAUUGGAAGGAGGCUUUCUGAGUUAUUAUGAAAAUGAUAAGGCGACUGCACCAAAUGGAAUGAUUGACAUUAACGAGGUUGUCUGUCUUGCUGUCACCAAACCUGAGUCCAUUACACAUGCUGGGGCACUUUUUACCUUUGAAAUCUAUCUGCUGUCAGAACGAGUAUUUCUUUUUGGAGCAGAGACUGUAGAUCUGCACAGAGACUGGACUCGAACAAUAGCUAAGGGUUUUGUCCCUGGUCUGGUUGAAAAGUUGGCAAGGAAAGAUUAUGAACUUAUUGGAAAACUUUUCUACAAGGACUGCCAAAGCCUGGAGCAAUGGAAAAUUGGUUGGUUUGUUCUAAACAAGCCAUGGCUGUGGUUCUGUCAGGAAGAUGAGAGUGCAAAAGAGGAAUCAGUACAUCUGAAGCGUCUGCAGGAACUCACCGUUUGUUGUACUCAAGAUGGAAGUGGAGAAAAGACAGAUAUACUGCUGCUAGUGGAAAAAGGAAGAACACUGUAUGUGCAUGGCUACACAAAGCUGGAUUUCAUGGUGUGGCAUUCUGCAAUUCAGAAGGCAGCAAGUACAGAUGGCAAUGCAUUACGUGAUCAACAACUCAACAAAAACGAUGUUCCCAUUAUUGUGGACAGCUGCAUAGCAUUUGUUACACAGCAUGGUUUAGGCAGUGAAGGCAUUUACAAGAAGAAUGGUAAUCCUUCUCGUGUGAGUCACCUUCUGGAUCAGUUCAGGAAGGAUGCAAGGAAUGUUAAACUGCGCGGUGGAGAACAUCACCUCGAGGAUGUGACUGAUGUAUUGAUUCGAUUUCUGUACGAAACAGACGAUGCUCUUCUCACUAAGGAACUGUAUCCCUACUGGAUUUCUGCAUUAGAUACACAAGAUGAAAAGGGGCGAGUGGAAAGGUAUAUAACCUUUACCAGAACACUUCCUCGAGUCAAUAGAACAACUCUCGCUGCCUUAAUUGGACACCUUUACAGAGUUCAGAAAUGUUCAGCAAUGAAUCAAAUGAACAGCCAAAAUUUAGCUAUGGUGUUUUCAAAUUGCCUUUUCCAAACUGAAGGACACAACAGCAGUGAAGUCAGUGUUGUAGAGGACCUGAUCGAUAAUUAUGUCCAAUUGUUUGAUGUAAACGAAGAGCAAGUCAAGCAAAUGGACAUUGAGAACAGCUUCAUCACCAAGUGGAAGGACACCCAGAUUUCUCAGGCUGGGGAUCUUUUGAUUGAGAUUUACUUUGAGAAAAGAGAGAGUGACAGCUGUAGCAUACUGAGGGUAUCACCUGCAAUGAGUGCAGAGGAGAUGGCCACUUGCGUGCUAGAAACAAAGAAUAUUGUGCCUGAAAAGAAUGAGAUAUGGUGUACAUUUGAAGUAAUCGAGAAUGGAGAACUUGAGCGCCCACUUCAUUAUAAAGAGAAGGUUUUGGAACAAGUCCUGCUGUGGAGCUCUUUGGAGGAACCUGGGUCUGCAUAUCUGAUUGUGAAAAGGUGUCCAGAUCUAAGCAAUUUUACAAAUCACAUAGUAAAAAACACAUCAGAAACAAUAAAAACUGGAUCUUUGAAGUGCAAGGAAGAACCAUCAAAACUUCUGUCAGGAAAUAAAUUUCAGGAGAGAUAUUUUGUGUUACGUGUUGGAAAGCUGCUGCUUUUCAAAGACUCAAAGAACAACCGACCUGAAAAGGAAAUUUAUAUGAAGUCAUUGAAAUUUUAUCUUGGCAUAAAGAAAAGGAUGAAACCCCCUACAAAUUGGGGCCUCACACUUUUCAGUGAAAAGCAGCAAUGGCACAUGUGCUGUGAUGGACCAGACACACAAAAGGAAUGGAUGGCCAGUUUACUGGUUGCACAGUAUGGCAGUGACUUAUGGCCUGCAGUUGUAAAAGAGUGUCAGAUGUCACCAACUAUAAAUCCUGUAGUGGGGGGCAUGUCUUUAAUUCCAGUACAGCCAGAGAAACCGAAGUCCUUGCACACAGAACAAGCUGAUUGUUCUCAAAUAGACCUUGGAAUGUUGAAGCUAAGACUAUCAAGUGUCCUGUGUGCUCGUGAGGAACAGCCAGGUUGUCUUAUAAAACCAAAAGUUUCCGUGCCAGCGCACGGUCAAGAAUACAAGGAUGGCAGCUCUAGCUCGCAGAAGCAGCAGCAAUGCUUGGGACUGCUGGAGAAAUUCAGUUUGCAUGAUUUACAAGCACGAUUCAGUAAAGAAAGCAAAGACUUGAAUAGCAGUGAAAAAUCAAACAAAGCUGGUGCAGAAGAGACUAGGUUACCACCAAAUGUUAUGCAGGAGCUGAAUGCAGUAUUACAAAAGCAGAAACGUACGCUCAAGGAAGAGUAAACACAGACGAAAAGGCUAUUUCUAAACAAAGUGUGCAGUGAAGAUUUACACAGGAGAUCACUGUGAUGAACCAUGACUUUAUAAUGGUUAAACAGGUUACUAAUUUUAAGAUAAACAAUGUGUCACUUCUUUAUUGACAACUGAACAUUGUGUUCAAAACAGAGACAGUCUUGAAAAGACAACUGUAUCUGUUUUAUAUGAUUUACACAGUUACUGUCAUAACAUCAUUAAAUACAUCUGAAUGAUUAUAUUGUAUUAAAGCUGAAGUAAAAAGUAGAAAUAAUGUUUAGACCACUUCAGUUUUGUGAAAUAGUGUAUCUGCAUGUGUAUCUCAUAUGUAUGUAACAAUUGUACAUAAUAUUACUUUUUACCCAAAAUGUAAAUUAGAAACAUGGUCCAAACAGUGCUGUCAGUGUAUUUAGUACUUUUCUUCAAUGUAUUUUGUAUCUCUUUUUUUUAUUUUAGAGAAUGAAAUUACAGCACUUGCAGCUGCAAAGUUCUCAUAUGCUGGACUGUGAUGACAUACCCAUCUACAGAACCUUUAGAAGAGUGGGGUAGAUUUUGAUAGUUGCCCUGGAUGUCACGUUGCAGAGAGCAUCAACAGAAGAAAUUAUUUUAUUUAUUUAUUUAUUUUGUCUUCCCCGUGCCCUUUGAGCACUUGUGAGGCUGGGGAUCUUGAUCCUCAUUAUUGUUGUAGCUCAUAUCCUGAAAACUUAAUUUCUUGUUUUUUGAUUCAGCACAAGAUGGGGGGGGGGUGUAAAGAGAAAAAAGUUUCUGGUUACAAUGUGGUGAUGAAGAUAUAUUUAUAUGUUGAGUCUUCUCUGUUUCUUCAUUGAGUAAAUACAAAAUGUUACAGUUCCAGUCGCCUCUACCCCUAUCACCAAGGAUUUCAGAAAGAGAACUUUGUUGAUGAAUAUUAGCACUACAAUUUUAACAAGAAUUAUUUAGGCUUAAUUCAGCACUCUACUGUUAAAUGUUGGUCUGCACUGCCAAAACAGAAAGACAGACAAACAUCAUAUUAUGUAGAAGAAGAGUUUAGUUAAGUAGCUUGUAAAAUAAUCUGUUGCAUAUAACCGUGUAAUGUCCUAAACAGGGUAUUAAUUGGACAAAGCCAAAAACAUAACUAGGGGCAAAUGUCCCAAAUCAGAGACAAAUUAUUCUUCUGUACUUAGAGCACUGCUAGAAUGUCACAUAUUACAGAAUGUGUAAAGCAUACAUUAAAUCCUGAUUAGAGAAUGAACGGUCUCCAGCAGGAUGUUAAUCUACAGAUAAUACCAACUGAAAAAUUAGUCUGCUGCUGGGGAGUUUGAACUGUAAGGAAGCUAAUGGCUGCCAUUAUUUUACUCUCACUAAGCAGCCCUUUAGCACUUUUGAGAGUAUAAAAUUAAAACAAAUAAAAAAUAAAAAUAUAGGAAACCUGUGUGUGUGUGUGUGUGUGUGUGUGAAUGGAAGUGAGAGUGGGAUCAAGCGAGCCAUUAUUUUAUGCUGACUAAGCAGCUGUUUUGCUGUUUAUUAGGUGUAAAAUAAAAUAAAAAAAAAACAUUAAAAAAGAAAGGAAGUUUUGUGUGUAAAAAGUGUGUGUGUAUGCUUAUGUUAGUGUUUCUGUCAGUGUGUGUGAGUAUAUGCGUGUUUUUGUGCAUGAAAGCAAACGUGUGUGUGUGUCAGUGAGUGAGUGAGUGAGAAACAGAGAUAUUGAGCAUUGGCAGCAGCAGUUAAAUUUAAAAAGUAUGCAUACAUCUCAACCCUUUCGCUCAAAAAAUCUAUAUAAAUCCUAAAAUAAAGGGGGGCAAAGUCUCAAAAAUAGGAACAGAUUUUAAACACUGCUGUUAUAAAAUUAAAAAGUUGCUAGCAUGAAAGGAUUUGUUGUUGCAUGCAUUUUGUAAAGGCAAUAAAGUCUGAAACUCAAGUGAAUGUCAUUAUUUAGUGACUUAAUUCCCCAAUGAUUUGCCAUUAAACCAGAAAUGUUAUGAGUAACUGACCAAAAAUGAGGUAAAAAUCUGGAAGUACUUCCUUCAACACCAUUUACAUAUAGUACAGCAAGUUUGAAACAUUAGCAGAGGAACUAUUUUACAUAAAAUAUAUAUAAUAUAUAUACUAAAAAAAAAAUAAAACAAAACAGUUUUCCAGAUGGUCCAGUCUGUAAGUGCAAUAACACCCUCCAGGAUGUUGGGCCUCAGAACACCCCCUGGGUGUGCAUUAUUUACACUGUAACACACACCGUGUUGGACAUUAUUGCUUGCUUAGAUUAGCAUGCAUUGUUGAUAAGAAGUCUGAACCUCAAAUUUCUGCCAUAAUUUACUGACUGCAAUCGUCAGUGAUUUACCAGAAAAGUACAAAUUUUAUGGGGAACAGACCAAAGGUUUAAGGCAAAAUCAGUGACAGUUGAGAACUAUGUUGUACAGCCCUUACAUAUUGUCAAGUUCACAAACUAAUUAACUAACUUUUUGGGGAAGAAUAACGCAAAAGAUUCCAAAUCAGCUAUGUGAACUAAGUCAGAGAUAAGGCUUGCACUGUCCAUGAAAUGGAGACAGUGUAAUGCAUUUGUUAUGCAAACAAAAUUGAAAAAAUGAGCUGCAGGAGAUGGAUUAUAUGAUUGUUAAAGUACAGCAUCUGCCCUGGUUCACAGCUUAGCUGAUUUAAGUACAUGUUCUGGAGUGGUGAACCAGAGGGCCCAUUUAAGGUUUAGUAAUUUGGAUGCCUGCUAAGCGUACAACUGUCACUUUCACUGCAACUGAGACAGGUAGAAUGUGCAUGUGUUCUAUCACUUGGCAGUCUAGCCUUACUUGAAGAAGUUUCAGUAAGAGACAUUUUGGCCGGCUAUGCACUCAGGUUUGUUACAAACCAUUUGAUCCAUAAAUGACUGAUGAAGUAAAGCCAUAUACCUGACAAGUGAUGUAGGAUGUUAAGCAGUUGAACUUGAAGCUGGUGACUUGGGGUGGUGAAAAACUAAAUGUUUAAUAGAGUGUGUCUUAAAUCACCUUGUUUUCCUUGAAUGGCUGUCAGCUUGAUACUGGAGUAUGAUGUCUUCUCUUGGUGCAAGUAUGAGCAAGAUUUUGUUUUAUUUUGGAUGUUUAUUUCACUUUCCUUUUUGUGUUGAAUUAAAUGAGCAUUUGAUCACUGUUA